AUGGAAGGUGAACAAGGGGUAGAUACAGAGGAUGGAGCAGAGGUGGACGUGACCAAUGCAAUUAAUGCAAUGUGGAAAAGGUUUAGGUCGUUAGAUGUUGCAGGAAAUAAAACACUAAAAAAUAGGGUGUGUGAAAUUGCUUACCCCACUACAAUAAAAAUGGUCCCACCGCCUGAAAAAAUAAAGACCAAAGGAGGAGUGAAGAGAAAAUGGAAGAAACUUGUGGGAUAUGAUGUUUAUCAUGAUCCUUCAUGUCAUGAAUAUGUUGAUCAAGCACACAACACUUAUCAAAAAUCUUCAAAGAGGCCAUGUUCACAGUUAUCCCAAACGUCAAAGAAGAAACCAUCUAAUAGGUACAUUGUACAAUUUCCAGAGCAUAUCAUACAAUUUAUUGAUGAUAUUGUUGAUGUUAAGAGGGAGAGAAGUUGUGGGUAUAGAAUGAUUGCAUCAAUGUAUGGAUAUGGUGAGGAUGGUUGGUCAAUGGUUCGUCGUGAUUUGAAUAAUUAA